CAUCAUGACAAACACGCCUUAAAUUAAAUUUCCUUCUGUUUCACCACAAAAACGCAGACCCAUUCAUCUUCUUCUUUCUCCUUUCUUUCAAAGAACACAAAAAACCCAAAAAAAAAAAAAAAAAAAUGCUAGAUCCAGCCGUCGAUUUGCUCCCUGCCACCUCCUCCCCCACCAUCUCCACCGUCUCCUCCUCUGAUCUCGACACCGAGUCUACAGGAUCAUUUUUUCACGACAGGAGCACGACACUCGGCACAUUGAUGGGAGUAACGUUCCCGGCGAUUACAUUUCGAGCGCCGUCGCAGCACCGUGAUAUGCUCGUGAAUGCAGCCGUUGCUACCGUUCCGUCGAGGAAGAAGAAGCGGGCGUUGGCGAGUGUUUCCGCCUCCACGGUGGCUCGGAGGCGAUGGUGGAGGCUCUGCGGUGACGGCGAAGCAAAGCCGGCGUCGCUGGGUGAAUUUCUGGAGGUGGAGAGGAGAUUCGGAGAGACGGCCUUUUAUAGCGCGGCGCCAGAACUGGAGAGCGUGGUGGCGAGUGAGAGUGAAGGGCGUAAUAGUAAUAGUGGGAGGGUUUUGUUCUCGGAUGGGAGAGUUUUGCCGCCAGCGGCUGAUGAUGACAAUGAUGAAAGUUCGUCAUCGGGUGGGGGGAUUCUUUGUAGAUUUCCUGUUUCAAUUACUUGUAUUUGUAGAUGAUGAUAAUUAAAAAACGAAUUGAAUUUCAUUACAAAUUUCCCCAA